UGUCUCUUUAAUUGCAUUGUUGCUAUAGCACGUGUGUCUUGAAGAUAUAGGUUAAAGUUUAUUUUGCUGAUAUUUAUUCUAAUUACUUUCUCUAAUUUCUAAAUAAUUAGACAGUUGACAUUGUUAAUUCUCGCAGAAUUUUAUUUAACACAAAAGAAAUAUGUAUCUAAUGUAUUAUCUCGAUACAGAUGGAAAACGUGUUUAUACACUAAAGAAAAUGGAUCCUAAUGGAAAACCCACCAUGUCGGCGCAUCCAGCUCGAUUUUCUCCUGAAGAUAAAUAUUCAAGAGAACGUAUAACAUUAAAGAGAAGAUUUGGAUUACUUUUAACUCAAAAACCUCUACCUACUUAUUAAAUUUUAAUAAUUUUAUGUUACUUUCAUAAAUAUAAGUUUAAUAUUUAAUAAAUAUUUUUUAAGUUUUUCUCAAA